GUGCAUUGUGGACAGAGGGGCGGGGGUUGGGAAGAUGGCGGCUCCCAGCCUCCUCAACUGGAGGCGGGUUUCCUCCUUCACGGGGCCGGUCCCCCGCGCCCGGCAUGGACACCGCGCGGUGGCCAUCCGGGAGCUGAUGAUCAUCUUUGGAGGGGGCAACGAGGGCAUCGCCGACGAGCUGCACGUCUACAACACGGUUACAAAUCAGUGGUUCCUGCCAGCUGUUAGAGGAGACAUCCCUCCAGGCUGUGCUGCCCAUGGAUUUGUCUGUGAUGGUACCAGAAUAUUAGUAUUUGGGGGAAUGGUUGAAUACGGAAGAUACAGCAAUGAGUUAUAUGAGUUACAAGCAAGUCGUUGGUUAUGGAAAAAAGUGAAACCGUAUCCUCCUCCUUCUGGUUUACCUCCUUGUCCUCGGCUGGGACAUAGCUUCUCUUUAUAUGGUAACAAAUGCUAUUUGUUUGGUGGCCUGGCAAAUGAAAGUGAAGAUUCAAACAAUAAUGUUCCCAGAUAUUUAAAUGAUUUCUAUGAGCUGGAGCUACAGCAUGGUUCUGGUGUUGUGGGUUGGAGCAUUCCAGUGACUAAAGGGAUUGUGCCUUCUCCAAGAGAAUCCCACACAGCUGUUAUAUAUUGCAGAAGAGAUUCAGGAAGUCCUAAAAUGUAUGUUUUUGGUGGAAUGUGUGGUGCUCGCCUUGAUGACCUAUGGCAACUUGACUUAGAAACUAUGUCAUGGUCAAAACCAGAAACUAAAGGGACAGUGCCACUUCCACGAAGCCUUCAUACAGCCAGUGUUAUAGGAAAUAAGAUGUACAUCUUUGGUGGAUGGGUUCCACAUAAGGGGGAAAAUAUUGAGACUUCACCUCAUGAUUGUGAAUGGAGAUGUACCAGUUCAUUUUCUUACUUAAAUCUUGAUACAGCAGAGUGGACCACCCUAGUAUCAGAUUCUCAAGAAGACAAAAAAAAUUCAAGACCAAGACCAAGAGCUGGACACUGUGCUGUUGCAAUUGGCACUCGAUUGUAUUUUUGGAGUGGAAGAGAUGGCUACAAAAAAGCACUGAAUAGUCAAGUUUGCUGCAAGGAUCUUUGGUAUCUUGAUACUGAGAAACCACCGGCACCAUCACAAGUACAACUGAUCAAAGCCACUACCAACUCUUUUCAUGUCAAAUGGGAUGAAGUGCCUACAGUUGAAGGCUAUCUUUUGCAGUUGAAUACAGACUUGCCGUACCAAGCUGUGUCAUCAGAUUCUUCAGCAACACCAAAUAUGCAAGGAGUCAGGAUGGACCCACACAGACAAGGCAGUAAUAGCAUCAUUCCUAACAGUAUCAGUGAUACAAUGAACAGUGCAAAAUCUGAACAUACAGCUAUGAAAGGAACUUCACUGAAAAACAAACCAGAACUCAAAGCAUCAACUGAUUCUAAUGCCACUUUACAUUCAUCUUUGGCAACUAACGCUUCUAAUCAUAACAGUUGUGUGGUGGAUAUGCUAAGGAAAAAUGAAGGUCCUCACACUUCAGUAAAUAUAGGUGUUCUAAGUAGUUGCCUGGACUUAAGAACAGUAAUCCCUGAAACUUCUGUAUCCAGUACUGUUUCCAACGCACAAACUAUGGUAACCCAGCAGACCAUUAAAACUGAAUCAUCCAGUACAAAUGGGGCAGUUGUUAAAGAUGAAACUUCACUAACAACAUUCAGUACCAAAUCUGAAGUUGAUGAAACAUGUGCAUUACCUGCAACUAAGAUCAGCCGUGUAGAGGCACAUGCUGCAGUGAUGCCAUUUUCUAAAGAGACUCCUUCAAAUCCAGUGGCCACAAUGAAAGCAGGAGAACGACAGUGGUGUGAUGUAGGAAUUUUUAAAAAUAAUACAGCUUUGGUGAGCCAGUUUUAUUUGCUGCCAAAAGGGAAGCAAAGCAUCUCAAAGAUAGGAAAUGCAGAUGUACCUGACUACAGUUUACUUAAGAAACAAGAUCUUGUUCCAGGCACAGGAUACAGAUUCAGGGUUGCUGCCAUCAAUGGUUGUGGAAUAGGCCCUUUCAGCAAAAUCAGUGAAUUUAAAACUUGUAUUCCCGGUUUUCCUGGAGCUCCUUCUGCAGUCAGAAUUUCAAAGAAUGUUGAGGGUAUCCAUCUUUCCUGGGAACCUCCAACUUCACCUUCUGGAAAUAUUUUGGAAUAUUCAGCCUACUUGGCUAUCCGCACAGCACAAAUACAAGAUAAUCCAAGUCAGCUUGUGUUUAUGAGGAUUUAUUGUGGUCUAAAGACAUCAUGUAUAGUAACUGCUGGGCAACUUGCAAAUGCACAUAUUGAUUAUACAUCCAGGCCUGCCAUUGUGUUCAGAAUAUCGGCAAAGAAUGAAAAGGGAUAUGGACCAGCUACACAAGUUCGAUGGCUUCAAGGAAAGCCAUGGACAAUUGUCUAACUUUAGAAGAAGCUACCUACAUAUUUAAUAUGUAAGCACAGGGAGCUGCUGGAGGACACAGAGCACCAGCAUUAGAACCUCACUGGAGUCUGUCAGGUCACUGUUGUCACCUCUAAGCUUACAGGACAAAGGAUUCUUACACUACUGGAAAACAAGAUGACAUUGGCACACCUUCUUUCCAAGUUUCCCAGUUAUAGUUGGGAGUCCUUAUACUUAUAUAUUUCUGUAACUCAGAAAAAGACUUUUUAAAAAUCAUGCCUGGAAAAACAUGAACUACAACAUUCUGGGGAGAGACAAUUCUAUAAACCGAAUGAUGAAGGAAAAAGCUAUACCAGCCUCCUUAUUCAAAAUAGAUCUCUAUAUCUUCUAUUUCUAUAACUAUAUAAGGUAGCAUCUAGUGUUUGUUUUUGAGCAUAGAGUAACUUUGUCCGCUAGUAAGUCAUGGUCCAAGAAAUGUCCACCUCUGACCAAGAGGAUUAUCCAUUCCUCCUCUGAAAAGAUAGACUGGAAGUUCCCUACAAGCUUGAGAAAAGCUCCCUCCCUAUUUCUCUGUUUCUUAUUGGAGAAGGAGGACAAAGCUACAGGUAUAAUAAUUACAUCCGAUUUAAUUAUUAUACCUGACAAAGCUACAGGUAUAAUAAUUACAUCCGAUUUAACAAAGUUGUGGGUGUGCCACUUAAGGCAGCGUAGCAUGUAAGAGGGGGGCAGGGCUCUGGAGGUCCAGCCAACUGCUUGAUCCGAAAUCAUCCUGCUGCCAGUUGCAGUUUAGCACCUCCUGGUGGCAUUGUCCAUUCCAGCUUACAUAUGGGUAAGAUUUUGGGUCUUUUGUAACACGCAGCCUAGGAUUUUUAAAAUAGUACAACGAUGUCUGGAAUUUUCUGAAUGUUUGGAACCUAGUUGAAGAGAUUGGACCUGAAGGAUACACUGUCUGCUCUCCAUUUCCUGAGAAUGUAUUGCCAGCCAUUUGCUGCCGGGCCUAGUCUGCCUCUUGCACCACCUCCCUAACCCAAGAUAAUAACUUUAGCCUGCCUUGUUGGGUACGAGGGAUGGAUCCAAUGUUUCAAGAUCUUUUUUUUCAAAUUUCUAAAUUGUAUACCAAAAUGUAUAGCUAAUCCCCUGAAUCAGGUGAAAAUGUACCUUAACUGUGCCUUGUUUAAUUUGCAAAAUGGCACUGCUGGUGAAGACCCUGGCAAAGAUAUGAUUGCAAAAUUGUUAUGACACUUGUGACCAACCUGGGCACAUGUUAUUGACCAAUGUGGAGAAACAGUCAGUACCCACCAAGCACUUUCUGUAUUUUUGGAUUGCUUAACACGUAGAUGCACUAUUAGGAGAAUGUGCCAAAGGGAAUUUGUACUUUUGAAAGUCAACAGAAUUCAGUAAAGAGGCAGUGCCUCAGUUUAUUUUGUGAUUUGUAUCACCUAUCAUUUCAUUCUCCGCUUUAUACAAAUAAUUAUAUACCCAAUGAACAACAUAACCAACUAACCAGAAUCAUGCCAGUGGCUGAACCAACUUGGCAGAGCAGUGCUAUAAUACUGCCAUCUCGUUAGAUCCUAGCUCUCUGGGAACCUAGUUAACGUCUGUGAAGAACAGCCCAUAUUCAUUCCUUUUUUCAUAUUACUAUGUACUUCUUCCCCACCAGUUACAAUAAUUGCCUGAUAUGCAAUGCAGAACAGUGGCUGAAAUAAUCGGAUGUUCCCUCUCUUUGUUGAUGAAGUUAUAUCCCGUAACCUUAUAUCCUUUUUCUUUUACGAUGUUUGUUGAGAAUAAAUAAAAUGAUCCCACAUGUGCUCAAUCUUCAGCUUAAGAACUAGAAUACCCUCAGAUGUGUAGAAUUACCCCACUCUGUCUUCCCUCCCCACAUACCACAUGAGGUAAACAUUAUUCUGGAUUUUUGGGUAAAAUUCCCAUGUUUUUAUUUAUGGCCCUGCCAUCUAUAUUAUGUAUCCCUAAUAAUAUAUUAUUUAGAUUUACCUGUUUUUGAACUUUUAUGUAAAUGGUAUCGUGCUGUAUGUAUUCUUCUGUGACUUUUUUCUGACACUGUUUUUGAGAUUCUUAUCCAUGUUUAUGCAUGUAAGUGUAUUUCAUCUGUUUUUCACUACUGUAUAGUAUUCCAUUAUAUGACUAUACCACAAUUUAUCUAUUCCUCUGUCCAUGGAGAUGUGGAUUGUUUUCAGUUUUUGGCUAUUCUGAAUGAUGCUGCUAGUGAGCAUUCUGCCAGUUACAAUGUAAGCUCCGUGUGGGCAGGGAUUUUGUCUUUUUUGUGUGAUUUUGUCUGUUUAACACAUUCACAAUGUCUAGAACAAUGCUGGUACAUGGUAGAUGCUUAAUAAAUAUUUGAGGAAUGAGUGAAUUCUUGUACAUGUCUCCUGGUGCACACGUGCAAGAGUUCUCUAGGGCAGUUGUUUUCAAAGUAUGGUCGAGGGACUCUUGAGGUCCCUGAGACCCCUUCAGGGGAGUCUGUGAGGGCAAAAGCGUUUUCAUAAGAAUACUAAGACGCUAUUUGUCCUCUUCACUCUCAUUUUUCACUUUUAAAUGUUUUCCAGAUAUAUGAUGACAUCAUCACUCUGACAGCUUAUCAAGUGUGUACCUAUAUAUUUUUGUUUUGAAAAUGCCUGUUUUAAUUUCUAAUAUGGUAAAUUUUGAUAACUAUAACCCACAUGAACAACAGCUCUUUGAGGUCCUCAAUAAUUUUUAAGGAUGUAAAGAGGUUCUGGACCAAAAAUUUGAGAACUGAUGCUCUAAGAAGCAGGUUUUACUUAGUCAUACUGAACUGUUUUCUACAGCAUUUGUACCAGUUAAGCUCCCACUGGCAGUGGUUGUGUGUCAUUGCAAACACUUAUAUCUUAGCAAACUCUUAAUCUUGACUAUCUUUUAUAUUUGUCAAUUGGAUGGCAAUUGUAUAGUAUCUUACUGUGGGUUUAAUUUGCUUUUCCCUGAUUACUAAUGAAACUGAGUGUUUUUUCGUACAUGAAUGUGUUUCCUCUUCUGUGAAAUACCUAUUCAUGUCUUUUUUGCCCAUUUUUCUAUUGGGUGUGUGUCUUUUUUUUCAUUGAUUCAUAUGAUUUCUUUAUAUAUUCUGGAUGCCAGUCCUUUGUCAGUUAAACAUGUUGUAUGUAUUUUCUCCCAGUUUGUGUAUUAUCUUUUGUGAUUGUAUUGAAUUUAUUGAUUAGCUUGGAGAAAAUUGAUAUCUUUUCAAUAAUGAGUCUUCCCAUCCAAAAACACUGUGUAUUUAUCCAUUUGGUUUUCUUUUAAUAUCUGUCAAUAAACUUUAACAAU